AUGGAUCUCCUCCACUGGUCGCUUCUCUGCGGGGCUGUGCUGCUCGUGUGGGAGACCCCCCGCGUGCAGCCCCUGGCCAUCUUCCCCCCCGCUGCGCAGAAGAGCAGCAAAGUGACGAAGAUCUUCGACGGACAAGAAGCGUCCAAGUAUUUCAAGGAGUUCCACGCGCCUCCUCCUCCUCCUCCUCCGUCCCUCGACAGAAGCAGCAAAGCGACGAACAAAGAUCUGAUCGAGCCUCACGACUACAUGUUGUCCAUUUAUAAAACUUUCUCCACGGCGGAGAAACUGGGGCUGAACGCGAGUUUCUUUCGAUCCUCGAAGGCUGCGAACACCAUCGCGAGUUUUGUGGACAGUGGACAAGAUGACCUCCCACUCUCGCCUCUGAGGAGACAGCAGUAUCUGUUCGAUGUCUCAACCCUCUCCGAGAAGGCCGAGGUGCUGGGAGCCGAGCUCAGGAUAUACACCAAAGUGUCUGGGACUUUCAGGAUAUCCGAGACGGACCCGGUCGACGUCCAGCUCCUCUCCUGCCACGACCAGCAGCUGCUGGACUCCAGGACGCUGGACCUGCAGGAUUCCCACAGGCCCAAGUGGGAGGUGCUGGACGUGUGGGAGAUUUUCAAAGAGCGGCAGCACCUGAGCCGAGGGAAGCCCUUCUGCCUGGAGCUCAGGGCCAUGCUGGACAACCCCGAGAGGGAGCUGGACCUGCAGCUGCUGGGCCUGCACCGACACGGCAGGCCGCAGCAGAAGAAAGCCAUCCUGGUGGUGUUCACCCGCUCCAAGAGGAGGCAGACGCUCUUCAGCGAGAGGAGGGACGGGAAGGCGCUGCUGGGCCUGGGGAGGAAGGCCAAGGAGAGGGGCUCGGGCAUCAAGGCCAGCAGGAGGAGGAGGACAACCCCGCCCAAGACCCGCCACGGGAAGAGGCACGGGAAAAAGUCCAAAUCCAGGUGCAGCAAGAAGCCGCUGCACGUGAACUUCAGAGACCUGGGCUGGGACGACUGGAUCAUCGCCCCGCUGGAUUACGAGGCCUAUCACUGCGAGGGCGUGUGCGACUUCCCCCUGCGCUCCCACCUGGAGCCCACCAACCACGCCAUCAUCCAGACUCUGAUGAACUCCAUGAACCCCAGCAACAUGCCGCCCAGCUGCUGCGCCCCCUCCAAGCUCAGCCCCAUCAGCAUCCUCUACAUCGACUCAGGGAACAACGUGGUCUACAAACAGUACGAGGACAUGGUGGUGGAGUCGUGUGGCUGCAGGUAG